ACUCCGGUACCUGACACCGCAGAGCGUGUCCAGCUGAGGGGAACACAGGCGCACGGAGAAACGCCUGGUUUCUAUUUAACUUUACUUUUCCCGGGUAUAUAAACUUCUGCGUCUCAUUCCUCCCUCAUUUUGCCCCUCUUUUUUUUUUCAUCAUCCCGACUGAAGGACUGAGUUUGGAUAUCGGCAAGGGGGGGAGGAGGCAGAGUACCAACGGGCUGCUCUCAGAUGGAGCAGCAGGGCUCCGGGAGCACAGGGCGCACGGCGGACCCGGAGUGAAUGACGCUGGUGAAUGGACGCUGCUCCACCCAGGUUCAGGCUGUUCCCAGCACGGCCAUGAUGGGCACCCAGGACCCAGACCUGCAUGAGCAGCGCAGAGGACCAACGCAGGAGGAAGGGGAUGAGGAGGAGGAGGGGGAGAGGGUGCAUGUGUCAGUUGAGAGAGAGGAGCGGGAUGGGGAUGGGGAGGAAGAAGAGGAGGAGGAGGAGGAAGAGGAGGAAAUAGAGGAGCUGCCGUACCCCUCUCUAGCUCCAGUGGUUCUCUUGGCUCUGACCCAAACCAGCCCACCCCGCUCUUGGUGCCUCCGAGCUGUCUGCCACCCAUAUCCUUCACCACCAGGGAUUACACCUGAAAUACUGCAAAUGUGUGUGUGUAUGUGUGUGUGUAUGUGUGUGUGUCUGCGAAUAAGUGUCUGCUGUUGGAGAGGGAUUGUGUGUUUGUGUUUCCGCUCUCUGUACUUUCUCAAGGCUGUUGUACUGACAAGGCACCCCCCGCCUUAAUGUUUACUUUACAUCUAAACACAGGGAUGAUCGAAAGAAGGUCAGCGCUGGGUGUCAACGUGUGUGUAUAUGUAGGCUUGGAAUACCUUCAGGUAUUUCCUCGGACCCAUUAGCUAUAGAAAAGGAUGGCAAACAUUUUUCCCUGAUUGGAGGUUUCCAUAGUGACAAGCCCUAAUGAAUCUCCAGGGUUACAGCCGCCUGUCAGUUGCAUUGUUACCAGCCUCCAGUUUUACAGCAGAAGGAGUCACAAAUAAUAAAAAAAACUCACGUCACCUCUCGCAC